CGGGUCAUAUGAUCAAUCGCCUACGUCUUCCUCGUCCUCCUUGCUGCCGUCAGUUUUUCCCUCCGCGUCUCCCAAACAAACGAACAUGCCCGACUUUGAGGAGCGGCAAAGCCUGCUGGGAGAUGAGAACGAGGGGUCUUUCACCGGCAGACAGACGGCCAGAGGUCCCGACAGACCGAUGCCGGCCAUUUGCGACCCCAGCCACCUUCUGCACCGAGUGGUUGUCCUGCUAUUCAUGUGCUUCCUGGGAUUUGGAAGCUACUUCUGUUAUGACAACCCGGCUGCACUUCAAACUCAAGUCAUCCAGGAUCUGAACCUGAACACUGCAAAGUUCAUGCAGCUGUAUGCCUGGUACUCCUGGCCCAAUGUGAUUCUCUGCUUCUUUGGGGGAUUCCUGCUUGACAGAGUCUUUGGCAUCAGGUUGGGAACCAUCAUUUUUUCCCUCUUUGUCUGUGUUGGACAGGUAAUAUUUGCUACUGGAGCUUUGGUAAACCGUUUCUGGCUGAUGGAACUUGGGCGUUUUGUAUUUGGUAUCGGAGGAGAGUCCUUGGCUGUGGCCCAGAACACAUAUGCAGUCAACUGGUUCAAAGGAAAGGAGCUUAAUCUGGUGUUUGGCCUUCAGCUGAGCAUGGCUCGACUGGGCAGCACAGUGAACAUGAACAUUAUGGGCUGGGUGUACAGCAGAGUCGAAGACCUUGUUGGCUCUGGACACACCGCACUAGGCAUAUCACUCAUGAUAGCUGCUGUAACCUGCCUGUUUUCACUGGUCUGUGCCUUGGUGUUGGCGUUCCUUGACAAAAGAGCAGAGAGGAUCCUCCACAAGGAAGAAGGCAAAACAGGUGAGGUGAUUAAGCUGACAGACGUGAAGGAUUUCCCCUUCCCCCUGUGGCUCAUCUUCAUCAUUUGUGUGGGCUACUACGUCGCAAUUUUCCCCUUUAUUGGAUUGGGACAGGUGUUUUUCAUCGAAAAAUUCAACUUUUCCCCGGCUGAAGCCAGAGCUGUCAACAGUAUCGUGUACAUCAUCUCAGCUCCUGCAUCUCCAGUUCUGGGCUUUAUGGUUGAUAAGACUGGGAGGAAUGUGGUUUGGGUAAUAACUGCCGUGGUUGCCACACUUGCUGCACAUAUGAUGCUGGCUUUCACCUUCUGGAACCCAUGGAUCGCCAUGUCCCUGCUUGGUGUCUCCUACUCCUUACUGGCCUGUGCUCUGUGGCCAAUGGUGGCCUUUGUGGUGCCUGAGCAUCAGCUGGGGACAGCCUAUGGCUUCAUGCAGUCGAUCCAGAACCUGGGACUAGCUCUCAUCGCCAUGGCAGCAGGAGCCAUCCUAGACACCAGGGGAUACCUGGUUUUGGAAGUGUUUUUCUGCGCCUGCAUUUGCAUUGCUCUGAUUGCAGUGGUGAUGCUGUACUUUGUGGAUUAUCUCCGAGGAGGAGAUUUGAACCAAUCAGCUGCAGCCAGAGCCAAACUUCAGAAAGAAGCCACUUCAGACGCAGAAUGAUGAUGAUGAUGAGGGAACACACAUGGUCCUGGGCUUCAGAGCCAGCAGGCUGCACUGUCCACCCCAAAGCUGUCAAUCAACUGUCAUGGGGCGGGACUGAGCUUCUGACUCCGCCCAGUGCUGUCAUCUGUGGCUCUUCCCACCAGAACUGACUGUCUGGCCUCGGCUAUUGCACGAUGCUGUAUUAAUAGCUGAUUUCACCUCUGUCACUGACAAAUUUGCAAAUCCCAUUUUGGACACAGUGACUUCUCAUACUGACUUUAUCUCGAUCUGUAUUCACUCUCCACUGACUUCAGAGUGAAGUUUCGCAAGUUGCAGAAGAAAAUGAAGAUGUUUGAAAUGUUUUUGAACAUUUAAACUGUCAAGUAGAGGAUGGGACUUGUAUCCUGUGGAAAGGUGCCUAUAUCACUAAUGAACAGUGCUUGAUUUUAUCACAUGUUAAUACAACUCACAAUAUAGCGUUCCUAUAUUAAUUCAACUGUUAUAUAUGUAUAUAGGGGUAACUUUGUGGAUGUUUUUUAUGCUUCUUUCUAUAAAUUGUUUUCAGCAGGCCUUACUACAGACAGCUCAGCAGAUCAUUUAUGUACAUCAUUUGUCAGCAUUCACAAUAAUUGCCAUUCAAAGUGUUUCUUACUGGACUCUCCUUAGGCAAACUGAGUUCAUAUUCAAUUUUAAUCAUAUGCAUCAUUGACCUUUUAUGGUGGAUAAUCUCAAAAAGAGCAUAGCUCUUUAGUGUUUAAAUCUUAAUCGCUCAAAUCUUUUAUUUCUCAAUUCCUUUAUCUGCUCUUCUCUGAUUGCAUAAGCUCAUAAAAAUUGAUUUUCUGUCGCAUCAUCAAAUGGUACAUUAUGAUAAUGAUAGGAAAGAUAUGGAAAAGAGAAAGGCACACUUUGGAGUGCAUUUACCCAUGUAAUGAUAUGCUCAGUUUCAACUUUUUACAAACUUUUAUUAAUGUUACCUUUGAAAGAAAAUUGGUUCCACAUAUAAAUAAUGUUUUUUAGAUUAUAUUUAGCUUGUUUAUCAAACUCAGGUUAUUAACUUGUUGUAAGCAAUGUCCCAAAUUGUUGCUCUCUGCUUAACUUCUAGUAAUGUGGAGGGAGAUUUGUCUCCUUGUGUUAUCAGGGUCGCAGACUGUGGAUGAUUAACAUUCACUACCUCAGUUGGGCAAAUGAGCCCCAGUCAUAUGCUUAAUCAAACAGGCAACACAACAUACAAGACGACGGUCAGUAGCAUUAAGUUAAAGUGUUGUGAUUGCACAUUAAAAUAACCACUGUGUUAUUGUAUCACAGCCAGAAACAUGGCUGUGGCUGGCCUCCUUCAUUGGUCACUCAUUUGCACUAUAAUGUUCUGACAGCAGUGUAGUCUUUGUUUAAUGGAGAAUAUUUGUGUUAAUUUACCAAGUGUUAACUGUUACUGACCUAUGUACGAGAAGUUAUAUGAUUGAGUAAUUACAGAAGAUCCAUUGUACAAUCAAAGAUGGAGACACUGGAUGCAAAGUCUUUUUGUAGAACCAAAUCACAUUUAAUAUGAGAUUGUUCAGGAAACAAUUGCAUUUAAUUAAACAUAACUUUUUCAAAGCA